AUGCAAGAUGCAAGCGAUGCCUCAGACGACUCUGGCCGGGUUGUGGGCUCGGUCGAGUGGAUAACAUCACAAAGGUGCCCGCACAUGGCCAAUCCUUAUGGAAUCUGCGUACCCAUACGGACCUGUCUCGAGUAUUCUACAUCAUGCGUAGAAUGCCAUCUACUCCUGCAAGUCAUUGAGGCGUUUGUUCCUGGUUGGAUCAAUGCUCAUAAGGAUGGCCAUGGUUUGAUACGGUUCUUCAAGCCAGUUCCAUACCAGGUAGAGCUCUUUUUAGGGCCGGUAAACGAAAAGGUCAGGUUCCCCGAGGAUCUGCAAAAGAUUAGCUCGUUCCAAUUCUUCCACAAGUCAAAGGGAGAGCACAUGUAUGAUGAGUGCGAGCCUAUAUACGACGGGUUCGCCCGAGGGCCGGACGGACGCCCUCAUUGUUCAAAAAUUCCGGAACCUAAAAACAGGCUACGACUCCCCUGGGCUCAGUCUCUCAGUGUAGUCGAGGAAUCUUUCUCCCAAGCCGCCUUUGAUAGAGUAGCCAAGUGGCUCUCAUACUGUCUCGAGCACGAUGAGGCAUGUGCCAUGCCGAACCCAGGCUUUAUGCCCCGUCGUCUUAUAGAUGUUGGCUCAUGGGAUGGGUCACGUGAUCCUUUCCUCUUCAGGCCUUGUCAACCUGCACCAUACGCGUGUCUUAGUUACUGCUGGGGCUCAGAUAUCGACGGCAUUUUGAAGACAACAACGCACAACAUCAAUUCUCACCAUGAGUCCAUUCCUAAUGCCAAGAUGCCCCUUGCGGUCCAAGACGCCAUUAUUGUAUGUCGCGGACUGAAGAUCCGGAACUUGUGGGUUGAUUCUUUAUGUAUCGCCCAGGACGACCCGGUGGCAUGGCUUGAAGAUGCCUCACAGAUGGAUCAAAUCUAUCUCCACUCUCUCCUCACCAUCUCGGCCCUCGAGCCCUCCAGUUGCAAGUCGCGCUUUUUGGGAAAGCAGCGUUUCGGUGACCCUGAGUGGCAGCUCCGGUUUGUCGCCGAUUUACCCUCUGGCUAUGAUGAAGCACCUCUCGAGAUAUUCGUUCGACCUACCAUUGACACAGGCGACGACAUGUCCAAAAAGUGGUCGCUUGACAAGAGGGGCUGGUGCCUACAGGAAAGCCUGCUCCCCAACCGUCGCUUGUGCUUCACUGGAGACGAAAUGAUUUGGGAAUGUCUCUGCCGGAAGAUCUGCGAAUGCGGACAUAUCCUAUGGAGGCCUCAACCUUUCCAGUUUCGGCGGCUCGCAACGUUUCUCAAAGCAGGCCUCCUCAAGGCCAAAGUCAAGCCCUCAAACCCACUGCCGGCUGUCACCUUCUACCAGGAAAGUAGCAUGCGUGAUCCGGAACGGGACAACCUCAGUAUAUCCCACGAGAGAUGGAGAGAUAUUGUCACUGAGUACUCAAGUCGGUCUGUAUCACGACGGAAAGACAAAUUGAACGCUCUCUCUGGGCUGGCUAAACUUGUCCGCGAAACCCUCCAAGCAGAUGAAUACGCUGCAGGUCUCUGGAAGCGAGAAUUUCAUUUUGAUCUUGCUUGGGGGGCGAACUGGUUCCAUCCUUAUAUCGAGCCUCAAGAGUUCCUCAAACCUGACACCAACCAAAAACCCAACAGAGACGAUGAGCUUGGUGGGAUACCAAGUUGGUCGUGGGCAUCGGUUGACAGGCCCAUCACGUACAACUUUGACGAGCCCUUGAGGUAUUCACGGUAUACGCUCGUUCUCUCAAAUUGCGUCAAAGUUGAGAGAUUAUCUUGCCAGACGGAACUCCUAGGUGAUGAAACGAGCGCAGUUAUUAGUGGGAAAGCUGUCCUCACUGCGAGCAUGGUUUCCGCGAAGCUGGUUACCGAGCAAAUACCAUGUGUGCAAAUUCAGGAUCGGGACAAGCCGAUUCAAGUGACUUGGGAUCACCCGAAGAGUGUUGCAGUUGAUGAUGACCUUUACUGCUUCAGACUGUUCUCUUGGGAGUCACCAGAUGAUUUGUCUAUUGAUGAUGGGCUAGAAAUGGAGGAGCCAAAUACCUGGUUCCUAGUAUUGAGGCGAUCGACUUGCACUACAGGAGCACUUCGACGAGUUGGUAUGGGUUCAUGUGAUGGCGAUGACUUUAGAGAUGGUAACACAGUUACCGUAGAGCUUGUAUAG